AUGGUGAUACAGAAACAGUAUCCAGCAACACGACAAAUCGAAGUACUACACGAAUUCAGCAGUAAAGGAGGUGGUACUUCGCCUUCGUCUGGUGCUGCUGCUGGUAUUCUGAUGAGACCCGAUCAACCCACAUCACUACUCAACUUCGUUAUCGCUGAACUGUUGAAUACGGAGCAGAGUUAUGUUCGCGAACUACAGUCGAUUGUCGAUUUUUAUAUGAGACCAUUUGAUGCACCAGAAAAUGAGCCGCUCAUUGCAAGCCAUCUGAGGGAUCGGUCUGAAAUCAUCUUUGGCAACAUUCCAGAUUUGGUUGGUUCCCCCUUUGAUCUUCUAAUCGAAAUAGCACUGAAAAUUGGGCUGAACUAA